AUGUUGCGAAAAGCGUACGAGUUAGUGCCCGAUUUGCUACAUAUCGAUGCGCGAGUAUUGAAUACAUUUCAAGCUAGCACGAUAUCUCAGGAUCCAUUUCAGUUGUUACAGAAUAAGUCGUCAUUUCAGAAUUAUCUGACUGUAUUCCAAUCUAUACUGUGUUACUAUAUCCGCGUAUUUGAAGGUCAUUUUGAGAAAGAGAUGUUUAUUACGAGCGAUUCCCAGGUAGAGACAUUGACUUUGGCGUUAGGUGUCAGCGAGAAAUUGGGUUAG